UCAUUGUAUUGUUUGUUGAAUUAUCUCUCUCCCUCUCUCUCUCUCUCUCUCUCCCUCCCUCUCUCGCGCGCGCUUUGGGCUUCGCCUCGGCCUCCGUUCCGUUCCCUUUUCCACCCAAUUCGCUGUAUUGUAUCGGAGCAAUCGCACGGAUUCCUGGAAAUUCCUCAACCAGAUACUUCUACGCUUCGUUUUGGUUUUCAAAAAAUAGCUUAGCGGAAGCUGUGGUUUCUUGCGGGGAGGAUAUCAUCAUCCUACAAAGGGGAAAAGGUGGAACGAACCACGCGUUGAGGAUGGACGAGUCAAUUGCAACAAGAUAUUGGUGUCACAUGUGUUCUCAAAUGGUGAAUCCCAUCAUUGAUGUAGAAAUUAAAUGCCCCUUCUGCCGUAGUGGCUUUGUCGAAGAGAUGAAUAACGGCGAUGUUUCCCGUGACAAUAAUGAGCUCGAAUCCGAUUUUGGAUCGGAGCGAGCUUUAUCUCUUUGGGCCCCGAUCUUGCUUGGUAUGAUGGGAAAUCCCCGAGGCCGGCGAAGAUUCAGGCAUCUAGAGUUCGAUGAGGAUGAUGGUGAUAACGACAAUGAUGAAGGGGAAGGGCAUCGCCUGACUGAGCCGACUGACUUGGACCGAGAGCUUGAUUCAGUCAUGAGGAGGAGGAGAAGCUCAGCUACCAUUCUACAAUUGCUCCAAGGUAUUAGAGCUGGAAUGGCAACUGAAUCAGAGAAUUUUGAGAGAGAGAGGAACAGAGAGCGAGAGCGGGUUAUUCUCAUAAAUCCUUUCAAUCAAACCAUUGUAGUUCAAGGAGGAGGAGGUCAAACUGAGAAUCAAAACCACCCCAUUGGGUCGUUGGGUGAUUAUUUCGUUGGACCUGGUUUGGAUUUGCUAUUGCAACAUCUAGCUGAGAAUGAUCCUAAUAGACAUGGCACUCCACCAGCGCAUAAGGAGGCAGUUGAUGCGCUGCCCACAGUGAGAGUUAAGGAUAAUUUGCAAUGUUCAGUGUGUUUGGAUGAUUUUGAGGUUGAUGCAGAGGCCAAGGAGAUGCCGUGCAGGCAUAAGUUUCACACUGGUUGUAUUCUGCCAUGGCUGGAGCUUCAUAGUUCUUGCCCUGUUUGUAGGCAUCAAUUGCCUGCAGAUGAAUCCAAGCGAGAUGUUGAUGGUGGUGGGUCUACUAGGUUCAUGGGUGACCUCAACAUUAAUAAUAAUGGUGGUGGUUUUGGGGAGAUUGAGGAUGGGAGAAAUAAUGCUUCUGAGAGUAGAUUUUCGUUUCCAUGGCCAUUCAAUGGCUUGUUUUCAUCGCAAGCUGGAGCUGGAAACUCCUCCGGAGGAAGUACAAGUGAUUCUCAAAGGGAUGACAGUUCCAUUUGAUUAUCAUAUGAAGAAGCUGUCUGAUAUCGAUGAUGUCGAUGUCGGUGUUGGUGUCGAUGUCGAUGUGGUGCUUGUGCACUGCUUGCGGAAUCGAUCUCGUGUAUGUAUGCAUAUAAAUGUAAGUUUGUUAUACAAUUCUAUACAGAUGUCUUGCCGGCUGCCCUUAGAGGAAUCUCCCUUAUUGUUAUUGUACCAACAUUGUAGAUGCUCCGCUGCUUUAAUUCCCAUUCUUUCCUUCAACUCCAAUAACAAAUAUGGCUUGAGUUUUUGUUCAAUGU